GGCUCAUGCAUAAAUAUGAGGCAACUCUUAGACAGUCCGUCUUCUUGUAGCCUCUCAUCUUUCUCUGCACUUGCCAUGGCUGGAGAAAUAGUAUAUGCAGAUUUAAACAUUCCUGGAGCUUUUUCCACUUCAAAGUCACUGCAUCCAUCUCAGCAUCCCAAUAGCGCUCUGUGCCCGCGCUGGCAUAGGAUUGCUCUAUGGCUCGGAUGGGCCGGGAACAUCAUCCUGGCAGUAGCUGUGAUUGUGUUUGGUGUUUGGGGACAGACCAGAGGACAGAGAACAACGAAUGGAACUGAAUGUAAUUCCAGCCUGAAGGAUUCCCAGUCUUGCUCGAAACAAAGUUUGUACCCAAAGCCAGACAACAACUUAACAGAGGGCUGUGAGUGCAAACUGUGCCCCGCUGGCUGGCUGCCGCACAAGAACCAGUGCUAUUGGGUCUCUAAAGAAAGUAAAACAUGGAAUGAGAGUCGUGUGGACUGCUCAGCGAAGAGCUCUCAAAUGCUCGUGAUCCAAGACAAGGAGGAGAUGGCGUAUAUACUGAGUAUUCCACAAUUGAACCUGGUUUGGCUUGGACUCAGUGUUACAUCCCCAGAGAGGAAAUGGACCUGGGUGGACGGCUCCACGUUCAAUAAAACACUGUUCCAGCUAAGAGGAGCUGCUGAAAGGGAGAGCUGUGUGAUGAUCAAAGGGAACCGUGCUAUUUCGGAAACCUGCACGGCUGUAGCUAAAUGGAUUUGUGAGAAAGUUGCCCUGAAAUAAGCAGUCACACCAAUAAGCUGCACUUACCUAACUAAAAUAGCCAGUACCCUUGUUUUUUUCCUAAGAGAAAAACAGAUUUGCUAAUUAAAGAAUUCUAAAGUCUCAGACAAACCCAUUUUCCAAGGUAUCAUAGAAUCAUAGAAGAUACGGGGUUGGAAGAGACCUCAGGAGGUCAUCUAGUCCAACCCCCUGCUCAAAGCAGGACCAAUCCUCAACUAAAUCAUCCCAGCCAGGGCUUUGUCAAGCCAGGCCUUAAAAACCUCUAAGGAUGGAGAUUCCACCACCUCUCUAGGUAACCCAUUCCAGUGCUUCACCACCCUCCUAGUGAAAUAGUGUUUCCUAAUAUCCAAACUAGACCUCCCCCACUGCAACUUGAGACCAUUGCUCCUUGUUAUGUCAGAUCCAUUCACUGUGCUUCUUGUUCUAUCAGAUCCAUUCACUUGUUCCUCAGGAGCUGGGUCUGAUUUCAUGAGGAGCUGGCUGCCCCCUGCGCAUCGUGUGUGAACAGGCACUCUUGGCUCUCAGGAACAGUUUGAAGAUUAAAAGUUGUAAAGCCCCAAUGUUACUUUUGGAGACCUACGUGCCAUUUGGUCACCUCUCAAAGGCAGAGUUUUGAACAUUCUUCCACCUGGCCCCACUUUCAGCCAUAGCCUCUAAUUCUGUGGGAGAUUUAGGUGAAGAAGCACCGGUUUGUAUUCCCACAUCUGGUAGUUGCUUACCAUUUAUGCACUCAAAUCUGAGCACACAAUAGUUCUUGUCACAGAUCCACAGGGUCUGAUCUAUGCCCAGCCUGUAACCAGGCCCUUGGGCGUGUCCCCUUUAGUGGGCUGGUCCUGGCCCGUGGCCUCCAAGACUCCAAAACUGGGCCUUCGGCACCAACGAUCCCUGUCUCUCUCUGUGGCUCCCUGCAGUGAAUCCAGACUCCUACAGGAGGCUUGUGUACACUGUACCCCUGCAGCACACACUGCUCCCAGUGAGUAUUUGCAGCAACACUGGGCAGCCUUUUCAAUACAAGGUAACAAUUUAUUAGUCACCUGCCUACAGAAUCUGAAAGCCCUUAGGGCAGCAAUGAGAGGCGAAGGUUAAGGCCUGGUCCCCAGUGGCCAAGCCAGUGCAAUCAGCCAGCCGAGCUGAUAUGGGAUCCAUCUUUUCUCCAUCUUCUUAUGAGUCCCAAGUGCAAACUUCUGUCUCUUCAGAGUCCAGCUCUUCUCCGAGUCAUCACUCUUUGCUCUGUAGCUGGGGCCUGUUUGCCGCUUCUCUUCCAAGAGGUGGCAGGGGACAUCUCCUUUGUUUGAACUUCAUGGCCACUGGGGUUCCCUGCCUUUCCAGAUUCUCCAUUGAUCUGGGUUGGUUUCUACCAGUCCUUUAAUGACCCCUUCAUACCUCCCCAGACAGCUGUGUGACGCAAACACCUCCUGUCUCUUAAUCUUCCUCCAAGAGCAGGUUUAACCCUUUUGCACCCCCUGGGUAGUAAUGUAUAGAGAAACUGAGGCACACACAUCAAAAAUAGUACAGAAAAUGCCCACUUUGUCUGGCAUUCCCUCCCCCCUCACCCCAAAUAUCCUUGAAUGUACAUUUAUGAGUGUGCUAUGAGACCUCCCCUUGGAAAAUCUGAUCCUAAAAUCUUUGCAGACACUGCUCUGGGAAUCCCCAGGAUUCAGCGACUGCACUUGCUAGCCACUAAGAGUCACUCUCUGUCCAUAAACUGCUCAGUCAGCCCCAGUUUUUCAUCUUUUCUGGUGGUGGGGGCAGGGCAGGGCAGUGUCACUGACUCACAAGGUCUGUGCUAUGCCCGAACCUUCCAUCAGUCUCCUCCUAGUAACUACUUUAGUGUCCAAGGAUCCCCACUAUUCUGCAACAGCCGGCCUGUAGCCUCAACGACCCUGAGACCGGGGCCAGAGCAACCCAUUUGGCAAGCUGAACUGAGGUAGUGUCUGUUCAGACUUUCCUCUCCAGGGUGCAGUGCCCUCAGUGAGUAUCUGCAGCGACCCCAGGCAGCCUUUUCAACAUACGGUACCAAUUCAUCAGUCACCUGCCAUACAGAAGCUGAAAGGCUGUAGGCUCGCAUCAAAGAGGUAGUUGUAGGCCAGAGAGCCAAUGGGGAAGGUUCCCAUGGGUUCACCAUGCCCUGCGUCCCUGGGUUCCAUCUUUGUUCUCUCCUUGUCCUGCUCUGACUCCAGCAGCAACCUCACCCCUUUGCUCUCCAGCCACAGCCAGGGUCAGCUGCCUCAGCUUCCCCUUCGGUAGGUGUUCAUGCCCAGGCAUUGAGGUUUACUUGUUCUGUAGGGUCUCCCAUUCAGCCAUGUGGACUGGAAGCUAGACAGCCUUAGUGGGCUACCUGUCCCAAACACCACCCGCUUUCUCUGGCCCAGGGGAAGCAUUUUAACCCCUUGCAUGUAUUGUUCAUAAAAAUAAAUUCCCACUUUCAUCACAGGGGGCUCAGGGGGUGGAUGGGGGAGGAAAAAGAGUAGGGAGAGACCUUAGUGGCAUGGAGAGUCAAGGAAGGCUCAGGGAGAGGGGUAGAGAAAGGAGGGAAUCUUGACUGGAAGUGGGACUGGCUUUACCUGGGCCCUGGUGCCUGACUCAAUUCCCUCCCUGUGGUUAAGGGACCCCACAGCCCUCCUCCUCAGGGCUCUGCUGCAAUUCAAGCAGGCUUCCCCAGGCUCCAUGCUAGUUCCUAUUCCAGGAAUCCUCUUUCGACUCAUGACUCCUUUGCAAUUCUCCCCUCACCCUCUUCCAGUCAGUUACCCUAACAGCUGGGUGUUAUCAUGUUAAGGAGGUAGCUAAGCUAGUCUUCUGUUUCUCUGAAACCUCUUCCCUUAAAGAGCCAUGUCUUCUGCUUCUCUGAAACCUCUUCCCUUAAAGAGCCAUGUCAUGGAGCAGGGUUUGCUAGACUCAUUCCACCUCAGCCCCUCUUGGUCUGGCACCCUUAACACUGGAUUGCCAUCCCCACAUCCCCUCUCAGGCCUUAAGAACUGUGCGACAGACUCUUGCCUCUAUCAUACCCAUGGUGGAUUGAUUUAAAUCAAUUUAAAUGGAUGGAUUUUAAAUUAACUAUUUUAAUCAUGAUUCAAAUCAGCAAUCAGGGACCCUUGAUUUAAAUCAUCAAUUUUAAUUGUUUUGCAUUUGUACUUUUUUAUUUUGCUAAAGAAAGGUUAAUUUGUUGGUUGAUAACCAUUAGUUCAAAUGAGCAUGUCUUUAAAUACAGCCUGUACACUAAAUUGGGUGCUUCUUUUUGCUAACCAGGGGGCUACACCAUACCUAUACACAUUUAUUUGAGCAAUUACAGAGCUUACUGUACAUUUAUUCAGAUUAAUUUUUACAUUUUUUUUAUAACUAGAUGAAUCUUUUACUUGUGAUUUAUGUCAAGCUCUAUUUGGAUGGAAAUUCGAUUAAAAGUGCACAAAAC